GUGACCCAGCCGAGUGAUGACGUCACACCCCCCUCUGCUCUGCUAGUUCAGUCAGUUUGAAGAUCCGAGCGGAGGUGCGGACUAAAUUCAGUACUUCAUUGGCUCACAAAUAAAACACUCUAAAGAUUAUCGCAGUUGUAAGCAUUCAUCCACACCAUGUCCCAGGACAAAAGUGGAUACCCUAUUAUGGGUGAGGCCAACCCACUGCAUAAUGACGUCUACGGACCCCCUCAGCCAGGUUUUGGCAUGCCACCUCCCAACUACAGCCAAAGCCCAGGGGGACCGUACCCCCAAGCAGGUGGUUACGGUCAGCCUGGAUUCCCUCCAGCGGGUCCAGGUUAUGCCCCUGGCCCCUACCCUCAGAUGCCCUACCCACAAGGACCCUACCCACAAGGCCCUUACCCUCAGAGCCCUUAUCAGCAAGGUCCUGGACAGCCAGGUUUUCCUGGUGACCCUAUGGCAGCUGCAGGCAGCCCAGGGUACCACGCUGACGGGCCGCCGUCCUACUACGAUAACGAAGACUUCACCAGCGCCGGCUUUGAGGAUAAAAGCAUCCGACAAGCCUUCAUUAGAAAAGUUUUCUCAGUCCUCACAGCUCAGCUGCUCAUCACUUUCUCCUUUGUUGCUGUCUUCACCUUUGUUGCUGAUGCCAAAUACUUUGUGCGCCGUAACCCGUGGACCUACUACGUGUCCUACGCAGUGUUCUUCGUGUCUCUGAUCGUCCUCAGCUGCUGCGGGGACUUCCGUCGUAAGCACCCAUGGAAUUUAGUUGCUUUGUCCAUCUUGACGUUGAGCCUCUCCUACAUGGUUGGCAUGAUCGCCAGCUUCUACGACACCGAGACGGUCAUCAUAGCUGUAGGCAUCACUGCAGUCGUCUGCUUCACCGUCGUCCUCUUCUCUCUGCAGAGCAAGUAUGACUUCACUUCCUGUCGGGGCGUUCUUUUUGUGUGCCUCAUUGUUCUGCUGCUGUUCUCGAUCCUCUGCAUCUUCAUCCGCAACAAGAUCCUGCACAUCUUUUAUGCCUCAAUGGGGGCCCUGCUCUUCACCUGCUUUUUGGCUGUUGACACCCAGCUUCUUCUGGGCAACAAGAAGCUGGCCCUGAGUCCAGAGGAGUACAUCUUUGCUGCCCUCAACCUCUACACUGACAUCAUCAACAUUUUCCUCUACAUCCUGUCCAUUGUGGGACGCUCCCGYGAAUGAGCUUCAGAAGAACGGCAGCGAGACGGAGGACGCCUCCCUUUUAUUGUCAACAAUUAUAACGCUCUUUCUCCCUGUCUCAUUAAAUCUCUCAGCCCUCACACACACACAUACUGUUGUGUUUUCCUGAAACAGGUAGUUGUGCUGUGGAGGAGAUGCAGCAUGCCAUAAAAUUCAUCAAAGAGGGGAUGACGUUGAUUUACUCCUUUUCAAACCUAGCUGUUAAUGACACAGUUGUCAGUGUUGCUGUUUUCCCUCUGAUUCUACUAACACACAUGGGUCUAUCACACUUAACAAACUCCCAGUAAAGCUUUGACACAUUAAAAAUAAAACGUGUUGCACUCUGGGUACUCGGCACUAUGCCUUGCCUUGCUGCAGAAAUUAAACUGAAAAACAAUGUUGGGGGUAAAAUAACGCUUUUUACUAAUGUAGAACCAGCUUUUCCUGAUGUAAGGAUUGAAUAACUAUUUUUCUUCACCUGUGUUCACCGACUUGUCUCUGCUUUUCAGCCUGCUGGUGUGUACUAAUUGUGCAUGGCAAAACUGGAAACACAACCGAAGAUGCUGUACGAUUCUGUAGAUUUAUCAGAGGAACACCUCUAGCUCGCGUCUCACUGCUGUAAAUAAUUAAACGUAUUGUUGCCAGUGCCACCCUCCCCUCAAAAGAUAUCCCCCCUCCUCCCUUAUUCCUACCUCUGAAAGCAUGCCGGAGCAAUUCAUUUGGAUGUGUUGCUGUUUGAGGAAAAAGUGCACUGUGUUCUGAAUGUUUUGGACAGGUAUAAACAUAGUUAUUUAUUAAAAGUGUAAAGAUUUUGUUUUUGUUUUAAAAUUUUUUGGAAUUGUGUCACAGGCAAGUAGUUAUUUUUCCUUUUCUUGUUUUUUGUCUUUAAAACUUCCCUCUUGUGUGGCCAUUACUGUGAAGUGAAACCUGCUGUUAUUUAUUUCUCAUUACAACUCAUUUGUCACUUUAAAAAUAAUCAUUCUAAUUGCUGAAUUUAAAGGAGCUGAUUUGUUUGAGCUUGAUUCAUUCGAAGCUGAUGGGGUGGGGGAACAAGUCACAAAAUAAAGCAAGAGAUUGUAAACUCAUAAAACUCCUUGGCAAGUAAAGAAAUAACCUGUGCUAAUCGCCAAAUAUUUCUACAUUCAAACACAAAAAGGAGUGAAGGUUGUAAUUAACAAGACUAUUUUUUACAUUUUCUUGAUCAUUUAUACCUCUUGCAUGACCCUGUCAUUGUUUGCAUGUGCAAACACACAGUAAAGCUAUUGUUUUAGACGGGCACUGUUUGGAAUUCCUGAUAGGACUCCUUUUUCUUUUAAAUAUUGUGUAUUCGACUAACAUGUUAAUGUACAUAGGACACCUCAGUGUUUUGAUGUGUAUAAAUUAAGUUUAGGCUUUGGAUGUCUGUUCGCAUUGUAUACUUGCAUCAAAUUGAGGUUGGACUGAACUCCUGUACACAGUUGUUUGCUUUUCAAUAAAAUGAAGAUAAAUGUUGAAC